AUGCAUUUCAUAGGCCGGAAGAUGUGUCACAUCCACAUCGCUCAUGAUGCGGUCGAUCGCAUCCCAUCCGUCGGCACUGGUGCCUACGCGCACCAGCAGCGGUUGGAAAAGCCGGGCUUGAGCAGGUAUAGCACGGAGGAGAAGGAAGUCGAGGAAGAAGAGGAUGGGAGGGAUGUGAGGAAGAAGCAGACUUUCCGAGGCAAAUACCUCUUCUGGCUCGCGUACCAAUCCAUUGGCGUCAUCUACGGCGACAUCGGCACCUCCCCCCUCUACGUCUACUCUUCAACCUUCAGCUCCGAGCCCAGCCGGGAUGACCUCCUCGGCGCGCUCUCCUUGAUCAUCUGGACCUUGACGCUGAUGGUUAGCGUCAAGUAUGUUACCAUUGUCCUCAGGGCGGAUGAUGAGGGUGAGGGGGGGACGUUCGCUGUCUAUAGUUUGUUGUCGAGAUAUGCAAAUAUCGUGAGACGCGAUCCAAGAGAAGAGAGGGGCAUCAAGAUGGAGAGGGUCAAGACUAAUGAAUUGAGCCCCGGCAGCAAGUCUGCGAGGAAUUUCAUGGAGAGGAGUGCAUUCAUGAAGGCCUUGUUGAAGGUUGUGGGGGUGUUGGGAGUGUCAUUGGUCAUGUCCGAUGGUGUCCUCACCCCAGCUCAAUCUGUUCUGGGUGCCAUUCAGGGCCUGGAAAUCGUCAAGUCUGACAUCUCCUCAUCCACCAUCGUCGGUACGACUUGUGCUAUCUUGAUCUGCCUUUUUCUCAUUCAGCCUCUGGGUACAUCCAAGAUUGGAAGUGCUUUUGCGCCAAUUGUCAUCAUUUGGCUGCUCUUCAAUCUCGCCUUUGGCAUCUACAAUCUGGUCUUCUUUGACCACUCGGUCCUGAAAGCGUUCUCGCCCUACUUUGCCGGGGCAUACUUUGUACGCAACAAGACCGACGGAUGGCGGUCCCUUGGAGGCAUUCUGCUCGCUUUCACAGGCGUUGAAGCAUUGUUCGCCGAUCUCGGUGCUUUUACCAGGAGGGCCAUCCAGCUCUCGUGGUUGUGCUUCGGAUUUCCAUGUCUUUUGCUGGCGUACAUCGGUCAAGCUGCGUAUAUCAGCCAGAACAAGGGUGCCUAUUCCAACCCUUUCUUCAACUCUGUGCCUCCGGGCAUGUUCUACCCUAGUUUGGUCGUUGCCAUCCUUGCGGCUAUUGUGGCAAGUCAGACUAUGAUCACUGCGACCUUUCAACUGUUGUCCCAAAUAAUCAAGUUGUCAUACUUCCCACAAAUCAAAAUGAAACACACAUCGAGGAUCUUCCACGGUCAAAUCUACAUUCCGUGGGUCAAUUGGAUUCUCAUGGUCGGCACGAUUUGCGUCACAGCGGCGUAUAGCAAUACAACGAAGCUCGGAGAAGCCUACGGCGUCUGCGUCAUCCUUGUCACCUUCAUCACCACCUGCAUGGUGUCCCUCGUAGCCUUGAUCAUCUGGCGCCUGCACUUCCUGAUCGUCGUCGCCGGUUUCCUGGUUUUUGGCACCCUCGACGGUCUCUAUCUCUCAUCUGCUCUCACAAAGGUCCCCAACGGCGCUUGGUUCACGCUUUGUCUCGCUAUUCUAUUGUCGAGUAUCUUCGUCCUCUGGCGCUACGGGAAAGAGAACCAAUGGCGUGCCGAAGGCGAGGAUAGGAUCUCUCCUAGGCAGCUACUGACGGAAUUGCCAAAGGAUGCGGAAAAAGAUGGUGAUGCACCUAUACUGCGCCUCUCGUCCAGUAUGGGUGGUGCGCCCGUCAGCCGGCUUCGAGGCGUGGGUAUCUUCUUCGAUAAGACAGGCAGUCCGAAUGGUACUCCGUCCGUCUUCAUCCACUUCUUGCAGAAAUUCCAGGCUGCCCCUGCCGUCGUCGUAUUCUUCCACAUCCGACCUCUCUCAACCCCGACGGUAGCGCCCGAAGACCGUUUCAGCGUAUCCAGAUGUUUCACGCGCACCAGCUCGAAGAGCACACUGCAGGACUUCUACCGUGUCACCAUCCGCCACGGCUACGCGGACGAAGUCAUAACCAGCGACCUCGGUCUCCUCAUCUACGAAAACAUCCGCAAAUUCAUCAUCCACGACCGCGGCAUGUCCACCGCACCUACCCCCUCACCCGAGUCCAACAACUCCACCUCCGAAGACUCCACCUCCUCUUCCGACCCCCCACCACCGCCCCCUUCAACAUCUCAGCCGACGGCGUACGAUGACCAGGUCGUGCACAUCGUGGGCAAGGAACAGAUGCGUAUCCGCGAGGUGCGGGGGUGGGGCAACGUGAGCGGCAUGUCCAGGAAGAUCGUCCUCGCGGCGUUCCUGUGGUUGAGGAGUAAUACGGGCAGUAAGGUGGCGAAUAUGAACCUCGAUGUCGAGAAGUUGGUCGAGGUGGGGUUUGUAAAGCUUAUUUGA